AUGUUCACCUCGCUUGGUUUGUUCCGUAACCUGCCCUGUCCCGACGCGAAUUGCAGACGGGGCGGCAAAUGUCUGUACUCGCAUAACCCGGAGACGAAGCCGCCAUCGCUGCCGAAGAUACCGCUUGAACAACCAGCGCCACCUCGUCCCGCCGCCGCAGAACCGUCCACAUCCAAGAGCGUAUCUAUCCCAGUCAAGCGGCCUGCGCUCCCUCAUGGAGGAUCUCCACGGCCUCAUGGGUCUUUUGCCUUUGGAAGUCCAGGUCCAAGCAGCGAACCUCCGCGGAAGUUGCAGAAAGUGGGGAAAGGGAUUCAGAAGCCAGUCCCCGCGCCCGCCGCGUCGUAUACGCCAACUGGUGCACCAGUGCUCAGGGUCAGUGCCGCCCAAUCGCAAGUCCCAGUCCCUGUGCGACAAGCCAUGCUAAAGAAUCUUUACGAGCAUUUCGUAGUCCUCUACGAGCAUAUCUCUGCUACGAAUCCGACGCUUGCAGCCGACCACGCCUUGCAGCAAGAGCAAGAAGUGUACAACAAGUCUACCAAGUUGACCUAUCGCAAUGCUGUAAUCAGCUCGAUCGCAGCCCUCAAGAAGCGGCCGAAGCCAGAUACCACAGCGCAUCCGUCCGUAGGCACAGAAGGCCAAGUAAAAGCCAGGCAAGAGACCAAAACCAAACUCGAAGCCCUCAGGCUCACACCGGAGCAUCUCGAGCCUCUCAUCAUGUCGCGUGCCGAGAUGCAGGCUUGGGGUUACUUGGUCGAUAUCCCACCAGGUCCAGGAGGCGAGAAGCCGAGCGAGGAGGGCGGCGUGAUGAAGUGCGACAGGUGUGCGACCAUGUUCCAGGUCAAACGGAAGGACGAGGCAGAGCAGUGCGAGUACCACUGGGGCAGGGCUUACUCUACAAAAAUCAACGGUGAACGAAUGCGGUUAUACUCCUGCUGCUCGCGCUCAACGAGCGACGGCGGAGGAUGCACUAAGGGACCGCACGUUUUCUACGAGACAAGCCUUGAGGAACUGCACAAGAGGCACGCGUUCUCGCUCACACGACGUGUAUCAACGGAUGGCGUGCCCGAUGACGGCGGUGGCUCAGACACAGCUUUGGAUGUCGCUGCACUCGACUGCGAGAUGAUUUAUACCACCGGUGGCAUGCGCGUCGCGCGUGUUUCAAUAGUGGACGGCUCCGGUGCAGAAGUCUUCGACGAGUUUGUGCGAAUGGACGAGGGAGUCGAAGUCAUUGACUACAACACACGCUUCUCGGGUGUCACCGCGGAGUCCAUGGAUAAAGCGCGGCUGACAUUGUCUUCUCUCCGGAAGUCGCUCGACGCUUUGAUCAAUGAAAAGACUAUACUCAUCGGGCAUGCGCUCGAUAACGAUUUGAAAACAUUGCGCAUGAUUCAUCACCGUUGCGUUGAUACCGCGAUUCUAUUCCCGCAUCCCUCAGGACCUCCUUAUAGGAAGGCCUUACGGUUCUUGGUCAAGGAGCAUCUAGGCCAGGUCAUCCAGAGCGGCGGAGGGAGUGUGGGCCACUCCUCCGUCGAGGAUUCUAUUGCCACACUAGACCUCGUCCGGUGGUAUAUCCUUAACAGAGGAAACCGCAAACCGAAUAUCCCAACGUUAUCUCAUCUUCCGGCGUCGUCUAGCGCCAGUACACCUUCCGCCACACCUUCCACCUCCCCAGUGAUACCCCGCACUUUGACAUCCAAUAUACCUCAGCCGUCCCCAGUCUUGAAGACGACGACUCCUGCCCCAGCGAAUGUAGUGGACUUGACAAUGUGGGAUUAA